GCAGGAUUGGUCCCUUCUCCUCAUUCAUGUAACCCGUGUGUGCGCCUCCGCUCUGUGUACAUGGACCUGGGAUCAGGAAUGGGCGACGUUGCAAAAGGAGAAUAUUAAAAAAAGAUACAAAUUAUCCGGUACGACGCCGGUGGGGGGGAUAGAACCGGAGCCUGCCGGGGUCGUGUGUGUGCUCUGCAAGGAAAAACCCUGAGCAGCAUCUUACAGGAAAACCAGGACAGCUCUGCUGUGUCUUUGCCGAGAAGGUUUUAUACUUGUCCGGUUGUGGAUUGGCGAUAGACCGGUGUGGAAGCCCCUCCGUAGAAGCCUACAGAAUGGCAUCUCUAUAGGGGACAUCAGAAUAGACAGCCUUGGGAUACAGUUUUGUAGAAGAACAUGGCCGAACAUUCAAGAAGCUCAUUGUAAGAUUUCUGAUAUUUCGGCAGAAGAGACGACGUUCCAUCUUGUUGUGGAUUUAAAGUUUACUCCAAGUAAAGGAAAACUUUGGAACUCUUCCCUGACGUUCCCCGAGGCGAUGUAGACCUCCAUUAUUAGAAGAGAAGAGACGCCUCUGGUGAAUGGGUUAUUCCUGAAUUCUGCAAAGGAAAGGACUUUGCAGCAGACAUUGGAGAAGGACCGGAUGUCUCACCCCCGUAAGCCCUUCGGUUCCUCUCACCCCUUCUGUUCAAUGUUGAGGAGAAGCACCGUGCCAUGGAUGUGAAAGAGAGGAAACCUUACCGAUCCCUGACCAGGCGGCGCGACACAGAGCGUCGAUAUACCAGUUCCUCAGCCGAGAGCGAUGAAAGCAAAGUACAACCGAAGUCUUACAGCUCCAGCGAGACUUUAAAAGCUUACGAUCAAGACUCAAGGCUGUCCUACAGCAAUCGAGUGAAGGACAUGGUCCAUCCGGAGGUCGAUGAGUUCUGCCGAUCUGGCGGAAGUUUCACUCUACAUGAGCUUGGUCUUGGUGAGGUCACACCGCCUCACGGAACACUAUACCGUACCGAUAUUGGCCUUCCACAUUGUGGCUAUUCCAUGACAGGUGAAAACGAUGCAGACACUGAAGCUGACUGCGUCCUAUCACCAGAUCACCCGGUGAGACUCUGGACAAGAAACACCAAGUCUGGACGGAGCUCUUGCUUGUCUAGUAGAGCUAACUCCAACCUGACCCUCACCGACACGGAGCACGAGAACACCGAAAAUGUAGGCCCCAACAGCUGGAAUUCCUGGUGGGACCUCCAGACAUCAGUACAAUACAGACUGAAUGACCUUCAAGAUGUGGAGUUAAUGAAUCCAGCUCUAGAACAGUGUUUCCCAACCACAGUCCUCGGGGACAGUCAACAGUUCCAGUUUUCAGGAUAUACUCACAGGAGCACAGGUCCUCCCUUGCAUUGUUCAUCUGCUUCAUCAACCCCAAUUGAACAAACCCCCUCCCCUCCCCCUACCCCAGGAACCAAUGGCUGCCAGAGGAGGCUGAUAGCCCAGCCAGCCCAGCACUCAGAGUCUGGAGAUUUUGCACACAAUUCACUCUUAGUUAAAAGUGGUUCUGCAAACCUGGGAGUCUCGGCUAAUGAUCAGCCGCUGGGCCUGCAGAACCAUUUGAGACUGAGAACGCCUCCCCCUCCGCUGUCUCACCCACCAAACCCCCACCAUGCAGCUUCCAUCAACUCCCUGAACAGGGGUAACUUCACCCCUCGUAGUAACCCAAGCCCCGCUCCUACGGAUCACUCACUGUCAGGAGAGCCCCCGGGCAGUGCCCAGGAGGCUAUCCAUGGUCAAGACAACUGGCUUCUCAACAGCAACAUCCCCCUGGAGACCAGAAAUAUAGCAAAGCAGACAUACCUAGAGACAUUGCAGGACAACCUCAUUGAGAUGGACAUCCUCCCCACCUCCCGACAUGACGGUGCUUACAAUGAUGGGCAUUUUCUCUUUAAACCAGGAGGUACAUCUCCCCUGUUUUGUACGACGUCACCGGGCUAUCCUCUGACCUCCAGCACUGUGUAUUCCCCGCCACCCCGUCCUCUUCCUCGAAGCACUUUCUCUAGACCUGCCUUUAACCUGCAGAAGCCGUACAAAUAUUGCAAUUGGAAAUGUGCCGCUUUAAGUGCUAUCAUUAUUUCUGUCACACUGGUGAUCCUCCUGGCCUAUUUCAUUGCCAUGCACCUUUUUGGUCUAAACUGGCACCUACAGCCGACGGAAGGGCAGAUGUAUGAGAUUACGGAAGACAGAGCCAGCAGUUGGCCUUUGCCAACGGACGUCACCUUGUAUCCCUCGGGGGGCACGGGGUUAGAAUUACCAGAAAGGAAAGCCAAAGCACCCAGUGAAGGAAAACCCAGCAACAUCUUUCCCGAUGACAGUUUUAUUGACUCCGGAGAACUGGAUGUGGGUCGGAGAGCAACACAGAAGAUUCCUCCUGGCAUAUUCUGGAGAUCCCAGGUCUUCAUAGACCAUCCUGUUCACCUCAAGUUCAAUGUGUCUUUGGGAAAGGCGGCUCUUGUCGGCAUUUAUGGUAGAAGAGGACUCCCACCGUCACACACACAGUUUGAUUUUGUGGAACUUUUGGAUGGAAGACGUCUGCUGUCACAAGAGGCGAGAAGCAUAGAGGGUCCUCAGAGGCUACACAGGGGGGUGGUCCCUUUAACAAGUCAUGAGACCGGAUUCAUCCAAUAUUUGGACUCUGGCAUCUGGCACUUGGCAUUUUAUAAUGACGGCAAAGAAUCUGAGGUGGUUUCCUUCCUCACGACGACCAUUGAAUCCGUGGAUGACUGUCCCAGUAACUGUUAUGGAAAUGGAGAAUGUGUUGCUGGAAAUUGCCACUGCUUCCUGGGGUUUCUUGGACCAGACUGUGGAAGAGCAUCCUGCCCCGUCUUGUGCAGCGGUAAUGGACAGUACAUGAAGGGAAGAUGUCUCUGCCACAGCGGCUGGAAAGGUGCUGAAUGCGACGUCCCCACGAACCAGUGCAUAGACGUGACCUGCAGCAACCAUGGCACCUGCAUCAUUGGGACGUGCAUCUGCAAUCCUGGCUACAAAGGAGAGAACUGUGAAGAAGUGGACUGUAUGGAUCCCACAUGUUCCGGGAGAGGUGUAUGUGUACAAGGAGUGUGUCACUGCGCCGUAGGCUGGGGCGGAACUAGCUGUGAGAACCCCCGCGCCACCUGUUUGGAUCAAUGUUCUGGACAUGGGACCUAUCAAGCCGAAACCGGUGUCUGCACCUGUGACCCCAACUGGACCGGUCAUGACUGCUCGAUAGAAAUCUGCGCGUCCGAUUGUGGCGGACACGGUAUGUGCAUCGGAGGCAGCUGCCGCUGUGAUGAGGGCUGGAUGGGCGCAGCUUGCGAUCAGAGGGCGUGUCACCCCCGCUGCAAUGAGCAUGGAACCUGUCGAGAUGGGAAGUGUGAAUGCAGCCCCGGAUGGAAUGGAGAGCACUGCACCAUUGCCCACUAUCUGGAUAAGGUAGUGAAAGAGGGAUGCCCUGGCUUGUGUAACGGGAACGGCAGGUGCACGCUGGACAUGAACGGCUGGAACUGCGUGUGUCAGCUGGGCUGGAGGGGCGCCGGUUGCGACACGUCCAUGGAGACCGCCUGCAGCGACGGCAAGGAUAACGAUGCCGACGGCCUGACAGAUUGCCUGGACCCCGAUUGCUGCCUGCAACAAUCCUGUCAGACCAACGCGUUGUGCCUGGGCUCCCCGGACCCUCUUGAUAUCAUCCAGGAAACACAAGCCCCCGUGUCCCAUCAGAACCUUCAGUCCUUCUAUCACCGGAUUAAAUUUUUGGUCGGCCGGGACAGCACGCAUUUCAUUCCUGCAGAAAACCCAUUUGAUGGAAGUCACGUGUGUGUUAUACGUGGUCAGGUGAUGACAUCAGAUGGGACCCCGCUAGUCGGUGUGAACGUCAGCUUUGUCAAUGCUCCUCUUCUGGGAUACACCAUCAGCAGACAGGACGGCAGCUUUGAUCUUGUAACCAAUGGCGGCAUCUCCAUCACCUUACGGUUUGAGCGGGCGCCGUUUAUCACGCAAGAACACACCCUCUGGUUGCCAUGGGACCGUUUCUUCGUCAUGGAAACGAUCACAAUGAGACUUGAAGAGAAUGAGAUUGCCAGCUGUGACCUGAGCAACUUUGCCCGACCGAAUCCUGUUCUCUCCCCUGCCCCAUUAACAGCGUUUGCCAGUUCGUGCUCAGAGAAGGGACCGAUUGUACCUGAAAUACAGGCCUUACAAGAAGAGAUUAAAAUCCCCGGAAGCAAAAUCAAACUGAACUAUUUGAGCACACGGAACGCGGGUUACAAGUCCGUCCUGAGGAUCAGCCUGACUCACCCCACCAUCCCAUUCAACCUCAUGAAGGUCCACUUGAUGGUGGCCGUCGAAGGUCGUCUCUUCAGAAAGUGGUUUGCCGCCGCCCCGGACCUCUCCUACUUCUUCAUUUGGGACAAGACGGACGUGUACAGUCAGAAGGUCUACGGCUUGUCUGAAGCUUUCGUGUCUGUAGGAUAUGAGUAUGAAUCCUGCCCCGACCUCAUCCUGUGGGAGAAGAGGACGGCCAUAUUACAGGGCUACGAGAUCGAGGCAUCCAAGCUGGGGGGAUGGUCUCUGGACAAACAUCACGCGCUCAAUAUACAGACCGGUAUCCUGCACAAAGGCAACGGAGAAAACCAGUUCAUCUCCCAACAGCCGGCUGUGAUCGGGAGCACCAUGGGCAAUGGGCGCCGCCGUAGCAUCUCCUGUCCUAGCUGUAAUGGUUUAGCAGAUGGUAACAAACUCUUGGCACCAGUUGCCCUAACUUGUGGUCCUGAUGGAAGCCUCUACGUUGGAGACUUUAACUACAUCCGAAGAAUCUUCCCUUCCGGCAAUGUCACCAACAUCCUGGAGCUGAGAAAUAAAGAUUUCAGACACAGCCACAGCCCUGCCCAUAAAUAUUACUUGGCUACAGACCCAGUCACCGGCGCCAUCCUGUUGUCCGACACCAACAGCCGACGGGUGUACAAGAUAAAGUCAACCACAGUUAUGAAGGACGUCGUGAAGAAUUCAGAAGUGGUGGCAGGAACUGGAGACCAAUGUUUACCUUUUGACGACACACGUUGUGGCGAUGGUGGGAAGGCCAUUGAAGCUUCUCUUAACAACCCUAGAGGCAUCACCGUGGAUAAAUACGGCCUCAUUUACUUUGUGGAUGGCACCAUGAUAAGACGCAUCGACCAAAACGGCAUCAUCUCCACCCUCCUCGGCUCCAACGACUUGACCUCGGCCAGACCUCUGAGCUGCGACUCCAUUAUGGAUAUUUCACAGGUUCGUCUUGAAUGGCCGACUGACUUAGCAGUGAACCCAAUGGAUAAUUCGCUCUACGUCCUUGACAACAACGUGGUGUUACAAAUCUCUGAAAACCACCAGGUGCGCAUUGUGGCAGGAAGGCCAAUGCACUGCCAGGUUCCGGGCAUUGACCACUUCUUACUCAGCAAAGUAGCCGUUCAUGCCACACUGGAGGCCGCCACCGCUUUGGCCGUAUCGCAUAAUGGGAUUUUAUACAUUUCUGAAACUGACGAUAAGAAGAUUAACAGGAUCAGGCAGGUCACCACCAAUGGGGAGAUCUCUUUGGUGGCUGGGGCUCCGAGUGGUUGCGAUUGUAAGAAUGAUGCCAGCUGCGAAUGCUUCUCUGGGGAUGAUGGCUAUGCCAAAGAUGCAAAGUUAAACUCCCCGUCGUCUCUUGCCGUGUGUGCCGAUGGAGACUUGUAUGUGGCCGACCUUGGAAAUAUCCGGAUACGCUUCAUCCGUACCAAUAAACCUUUCCUCAACAGUCAGAACAUGUAUGAGGUGUCUUCUCCUAUUGACCAGGAAUUGUACCUAUUCGACACGACUGGCCGACACCUCUACACUCAGAGCCUGACCACUGGAGAUUAUCUCUACAACUUUACCUACACUGCAGACGGGGAUCUUACCCUCAUAACAGACAACAAUGGGAAUACGCUGAACGUUAGACGAGAUUCCACUGGCAUGCCUCUCUGGUUGGUGGUACCUGAUGGACAAGUCUUCUGGUUGACAAUCGGCACCAACAGUGCUCUUAAGAGUGUGUCUGAACAGGGCAAUGAGCUGGCCAUGAUGACGUAUCACGGAAAUUCGGGUCUUCUAGCCACCAAAAGCAACGAGAAUGGCUGGACAACAUUCUACGAAUAUGACAGUUUCGGUCGCCUGACCAACGUCACGUUCCCCACCGGGCAGGUCAGCAGCUUCCGCAGCGACACAGACAGCUCAGUCCACGUCCAGGUGGAGACAUCGAAUAAAGAAGAUGUUACCAUAACAACCAACCUGUCAGCAUCUGGAGCUUUUUACACUCUGUUGCAAGAUCAAGUAAGGAACAGUUACUACAUUGGGGCAGAUGGAUCCUUAAGGCUCAUUCUAGCCAAUGGCAUGGAGGUCGCCCUUCAGACAGAACCUCACCUUCUUGCCGGUACAGUGAACCCCACUGUUGGGAAACGGAACGUCACCCUGCCCAUAGACAAUGGCCUAAACCUGGUGGAGUGGCGACAGCGCAAGGAGCAGGCACGCGGACAGGUCACUGUUUUUGGUCGCCGCCUCAGGGUCCACAAUAGAAAUCUACUGUCUUUGGAUUUUGAUCGCGUCACAAGAACCGAGAAGAUCAAUGAUGACCACAGGAAAUUUACACUUAGGAUUCUGUAUGACCAGGCCGGUAGGCCCAGUCUGUGGUCUCCGUCCAAUGGCCUGAGUGGAGUAAACGUGACUUACUCUCCGGGGGGUCAUGUGGCAGGAAUUCAGAGAGGAACCAUGUCCGAGAGAAUGGAAUAUGACCAAGCUGGAAGAAUCAUAUCCAGGACCUUUGCCGAUGGAAAGUCAUGGACCUAUACCUACCUUGAGAAGUCCAUGGUAUUACUACUUCAUAGUCAGAGACAAUACAUCUUUGAGUUCGAUAAAAACAACCUCCUGUCUUCUGUCACUAUGCCCAACGUGGCCCGACAAACAUUGGAAACCAUCCGCUCCAUAGGGUAUUAUCGGAAUAUUUACCGGCCCCCUGAGGGCAAUGCUUCCAUUAUCCAGGACUUCUCAGAGGAAGGACAGAUGCUGCAAACUCUGUACAUGGGUACUGGGAGACGAGUGAUCUACAAGUAUGGGAAACUAUCAAAACUUGCUGAGAUCUUGUAUGACACCACUAAGAUAGCGUUCACGUAUGAUGAAGCCGCUGGUAUGUUGAAGACGGUCAACUUGCAAAACGAUGGAUUUACAUGCACAAUUCGUUACCGGCAGAUAGGACCUCUGAUUGACCGUCAGAUUUUCCGAUUUACGGAGGAAGGAAUGGUCAAUGCCAGAUUUGACUAUAACUAUGACAACAGUUUCCGGGUCACCAGUAUGCAGGCAGUCAUCAAUGAGACCCCACUUCCCAUUGACCUGUACAGGUACGAUGACGUAUCUGGCAAAACUGAACAAUUUGGCAAGUUUGGAGUUAUUUAUUAUAAUAUCAACCAGAUAAUCACCACGGCAGUCAUGACUCAUACAAAACAGUUUGACACCUAUGGGCGGGUACGGGAAUUGCAGUAUGAAAUAUUCAGAUCUAUGAUGUUUUGGAUGAUGUUGCAGUAUGAUAACAUGGGUAGAGUGGUGAAGAAGGAGCUAAAGGUUGGACCCUAUGCAAACUCCACAAGAUACACCUAUGAAUAUGACAGCGAUGGACAGUUACAGACAGUGUUUGUCAACGACAAGCAACAAUGGAGAUAUAAUUAUGACCUGAAUGGAAAUUUGCACUUGUUAAACCCAGGAAACAGCAUCCGCCUCAUACCACUAAGAUACGAUUUAAGGGAUCGAAUCACCAGACUGGGAGACGUUCAGUAUCGGAUGGAUGAAGACGGCUUCCUCAAGCAGAGAGGGAGUGAUGUUUUCGAGUACAGCUCUGCUGGUCUCCUUGUUAAAGCUUAUAGUAAAAUCAGCGGCUGGAGUGUAAAGUAUCGAUAUGAUGGUCUAGGAAGGAGAAUUUCCCGAAAAACCAACAAUGGUCAACAUUUACAGUUCUUCUAUGCUGACCUUGCCAACCCCACUAGGAUCACACACUUCUACAACCAUACCAGUUCUGAGAUAGCCUCUCUAUAUUACGACCUGCAAGGCCAUCUCUUUGCCAUGGAACUAAGCAGUGGGGAUGAGUUUUACAUUGCUUGUGACAACAUUGGUACUCCCAUGGCUGUCUUCACCGGUUCUGGACUCAUGAUCAAACAGAUUCUUUACACUGCCUAUGGUGAGAUCUACCUGGACUCAAAUCCUAACUUUCAGAUUAUUAUAGGCUACCAUGGUGGACUCUUUGACCCUCUGACUAAGCUCAUCCACAUGGGGCGUCGGGAAUAUGAUGUACUAGCUGGUCGAUGGACCAGUCCUGACCAUGAUAUAUGGAAGCAGCUUACCACUACCAACAUAAUGCCCUUCAACCUGUACAUGUUUAAAAACAACAACCCUGUGAGCCGAUCCCAGGAUACAAAAUGCUAUAUGACCGAUGUCAACAGUUGGCUGCUCACCUUUGGUUUCCAGCUACACAACGUGAUCCCUGGUUACCCCCGGCCAGAAACUGAUGCUAUGGAACCAUCUUAUGAAUUGAUCAACACACAGAUGAAGACCCAGGAGUGGGAUAACAGCAAGUCAAUCCUGGGUGUGCAAUGUGAGGUGCAGAAGCAGCUUCAAGCAUUCGUCACUCUAGAAAGGUUCAACCCUGUCUACAGGUCCCCCAUCGCUGGCUGUCGCUUAGGAAAAGGCAGUAAAAAGUUUGCCACCGUUGCCUCCAUCUUUGGGAAAGGGGUGAAGUUUGCAAUGAAGGAUGGCCGCGUCACCACCGACAUCAUUAGUGUGGCCAACGAGGAUGGGAGACGAAUUGCUGCCAUUUUGAACAAUGCUCAGUAUUUGGAGAACUUACAUUUCACCAUCGAUGGUGUUGAUACUCAUUAUUUUAUUAAGCAAGGACCCUCGGAAAGCGACCUGUCUAUUUUAGGGCUAAGUGGUGGCAGGAGAACCUUGGAGAAUGGGGUCAAUGUGACCGUGUCUCAAAUCAACACGGUUCUUGGGACAAGGACUAGACGAUAUACAGACAUUCAGUUACAAUAUGGCACCUUGUGCCUCAACACUCGUUACGGGACCACCCUGGACGAGGAGAAGGUUCGUGUCCUGGACCUGGCCAGACAAAAGGCAGUGUCUCAGGCAUGGCUCAAAGAGCAACAGAGACUUCGAGAUGGUGAGGAGGGUCUCCGAGCAUGGACAGAAGGAGAAAAACAGCAGUUACUGAGCACAGGUCGGGUUCAGGGCUACGAUGGUUAUUAUGUCAUUUCCGUGGAGCAAUAUCCGGAACUCUCAGACAGCCCAAACAACAUCCAUUUUAUGAGACAGAGUGAAAUGGGCAGAAGGUGACAUAGACGGUCAUUGUGUUGACUUCUUGCCAAAGACAGCUACUGUGGUGGCCGCAUACCCGAACUGUGUUGUAAUCAAGCCUUUUUUGUAAGAAAACAUAAGUAAAUAACUAAAAAAAAUUAAAUAAAUGCGAAAAACAAAAUUAAAAAAAAUUGGACCUGGAACAAAAAGAAGCGGUCUUGCGGUUGAAAUUGCAACUUUUUUGUUUUUAAUUUUUAAUUUUUUAAAUAAUAAAGUUGGCCUUCACAUGUGUUGAAAAUGAGGGGAAGGUGUUUUGCUGUAGCGUGAUCACAGUGACUUUUUUUUUCGUUCCCUUCUGAGGAAUUCAAGCAAGGAGUGUCAAAACAGUACGGUCUAGAUUGCAAAAUACGAAACAAAAAAAUGUUUUUUUUUUGUUUGUUUUCUUCUUUUUUUUUUUUUUUUAUUCGGAUGUCUGUGCGGAAAGUUUGUAUCAUCAUCUCAACUCUGGAGCAGGGAUCAACGCGCCUUCAAAGAACAAGACGAAGUGGACAAAAAAAAUCUAUUCAGCUCUAACUUUUUUGGAGAACUGAAAUUUGCCUUGAUUUUAACCAAAACUGUUCAUAUCAUUUACUUUGUGUCAUGAUACAGUAUGCGGGAGAAUGGAUUCAUGGAUUCUCUGUCCCCAAUGUGUUGCUUGUGUUACAUUUCAAAUACAGUUGAUAGUAUUUUCCCUUCCCUUCCCUUCCCCAAAAAGUUUGGAUGAGACUUGAGACGGCUCAGCUUUGUGUACCCCCCCCUCCCCCAAAUAACUCGAAAUGGGCUAUGGGACCCAACAAUAUCAACAUUUCUUGUGCCUCUAGAGGACAGCAGGACUUUCUCCACUUUCACUUGGGACACAAAGUGUUUUUGGGGAUCCCGGUGUAGACAUAGCUACUGGACCACAAACUUGACAUGACCAAGAGUUUUAAUAGAUGAUGUCUGUUUGUUUUUUAUUUUAAUUUUUUUAAUGUUUUUUGUGGUUUAUGUUUGAGUGUGCUCAUGUGCUCGCAGCAGAGGCAGCCAUUCUAUGUCUACAAGUCAGGGACAUCAACCAGCGGACCCCUGCCUCGCUGGUUCCUAGUUCCCAGGACAGCCGGUAAAAAUGGCUGCCAGCACUUAUAUUUCUGAAGGCGUUCUCUGCCGUUCCUUCUCGGAGGAACAUCAUCUCAUCCAUCGGUCGCUGAAUGUGUUAUGUACAUUUCCUUUCAGAACCAUCCAGACUGUUCUUCCCUGCUGUUCAGCUACAACGCUCAUGGACCUUGGCCAAGCAAAAAUGCAAACUCUAUUGGCAGGGGCGUGAUUAUUUUUUAAUUUAUAUAUUUUUAUUUUUCUUUUUUUUUCUUUUCUAUUUAACUGACAGCUGUAUUGUUGGGAAUGGAUGUGUCGAAGUAAUGGGUUAAUUCAGACUCCUUUCUAACUUACUGGCCCUGUAUUGGUGCUCACUUAGAUCUUCUCUGCCAAACUAUUGAGAGUCCUCGGUAGAAAAUCACUGGGCUCAUAAGGACAAUUGUUUUUCUACUAAGGAGAACCAUAUAUUCCAUGGUAAAUAUUUAAUGAAUCCUCCUCCAAUAUCAUUUCCCCUUGGCUUUCACUUUUUUGGGUCAAGAAAUUUUUACCAAAAAUUUUUAAGAAAAAGAAAAAAAUAAUCUUUCCUGUGGGAAAUGAUUCACCCCAUACAUAAUAACUAUAAUACGCACAAUGGGGUGUUUUAGGGUUAAAAAAUAAACUUAGCUGCUUAAUUCCACAAACAGUGCCACACCUAUCCAUGGGUUGUGUCUGGUAUUACAACUCGACUAAUCAACUAAUCCCGGUAAACCUUUAACUAUGCUUGAGGAAAUGGACCCUAAAGAGCAAUUCUGCUGGUCAAUCAGAUCAAUAUCCUCGUCCGUAAGGGGCAAUAUUACAGUAGUGAAUAAUAAUGUUAGGCACUUUAUGGCUCUGUAAGGCUCCCCCUUACAGAACCACAACCCCAUGACGGACCCAGCACUCAAGAAACUCCUCGACCAAUGGUAAACUCCAUUCACCUAUAGUGGGGUCUACUAGAUGCAGUAUUCAAUGCAUUCAGUGCAAUUAUCAAAAAGAUGGAGUCUGCUAAAGAGGCUACUAAUGGAGCCUCCAAUACAAAUGUCAAUAGAGUCUUAGACAUUUACUUGGCUGAUUCUCCAAAUUGUAGUUAAAACCAUUGUUCCUUCCUCCCGCCCAUUGAAAUUAGCCUUCUUAAAGGGAUCUCCACUUAAAAAUUCUUCUGACUUGUGUUUUUUUGGGGUAAAAAUAUCAGGAUAAAUAGACAGAUAACAUAUAACUGUUGUCAUUUUCCUUUCCUGGAUCAUACCAAGUACAUUAUCUACUAGGGGACGACAAUGUGCACAAGCUCUUCCUAUCUUAAACACAGAAUGACAUCUGUGCUCCAUUAUAGGGCAUGACCGCGGUGAAUUUUGGCAGAGGAUAAAAUGUUUUGGUGAAAUAAAAAUUUUGAAAGGUUUUUGCAUCAUUCUGGUUAAUUUCAGUUAAAAGGGGUUCUCUGCCCCUAGAUAUCCUAUCCCCUAUCCACAGCUCCCUAGCGGUGGGACCCAAGCGAUCUCAUCUGCGGCACCCCAGACAUCUGGUGCACUGAGCAAACUUUGCUCUGUGCCAGAUGACUGGUGAUAGGGGGCGGAGGCUCGUCACGCCCGUUCGUGACGUCACGGCCACGCCCCCUCAAUGCAAGUCUGACAUCACGAGCGGGCUUGGCCGUGACAUCACGAGCCUCUGGCGCUGCACCCGACGCUCUAAAUGAACGCCGGGUGCUGCAAGGUGAGCGCGGGGGUCCCCUGCGACCAGACAUCAUAUCCCCUAUCUGAAGGAUAGGGGAUAAGAUAUCUAGGGGCGGAGUACCCCUUUAAGAUGUUAGUCCUGGGCACUAUGAUACUAAACGGCACUAUAAAGUAUUCAUUGCAUUACAGUCAUCAGACCACAGGCCACUAGUUAGGCCAGUAAGUGGAAUAUAAGGGUUCAGGCUAUGUGUUUAGCCCCCGAGGGUCCGUUCCUACCCCCACCCCCCCCGUCCCAUGUUUCACUUUACAGUAUUUGUCCGUUUUCUCUUUUCCUCUUAUGCUAACUCGCGCCUGUGGUCAAUACGAGAAAAAAUCCUCCACUGCUUUAAUGGGUCACUUCCCUCCCGUUCCUUCUAGAAUUACCGAAUUAAAGCCAUGGGGUUCCUUCAUGGCCCAGAGCAGCGAUCGUAACGCUUCUCUUCUGAUUUAUUGAGGUUGAUGGUAGAUAAGGAGCAUCUGAUGUGGCCACCGAAUAUUAGCGGCUGGAUCCUGUUACAAACGAGUCUGAGCUUCCUGUAAAAACAUCUCCAUGGGAUGGGGACUGUGUAGAUAGAAGUGUUUACCGGUUAUCCCUUUACUGGUUAUUCUGUGUCUUGUAAAAAAGAAAAAAAAAAAGAAAAAACAAAAAGAAAAACUUAGAGAUGUUAUUUUGUAACAAAAAAGUGAAAAAAUACAAUAAAAAUAUUAUAGUGAUGAGAGAAUAAAAGUAAUUUAAUAAAAAGGACUCUUUAUUAUUAUUAUUAUUUUUAUCAGCUUCUGUCUAUGAAA